AUGGAGACCACAAAAACUCUGUUAAACUGGUACGCGUCCCUAAGGUCUCGCACUAUUGACCUGGUGGGGGACUAUGCCGGUGGCGAGCUGUUUAUCAUCGAAGGAGACUCGCUGCUUGUCCACACCUUCUCUGAUGCCAAACUGGACUUUAACCCGGGAUUCCAGCUGCUUCAUGCCACCUACAUUCUGGAGAACUUCCUACGCGCACUGUCCCAGCGAAAAUGUAGGUUCCAUAUCGUCUUUUUUAACGAGCAUUCUGAGUUAUGCCUCCCGCGUAACACGCCUAGCUCCCUUCGUUUCCGCUUUUUGCUUGCACGGGAGGCGAUAAUUCAACACCUGCAAGCCAAUCUUCCUGCAUCUUCGCCGUCGAUUGAGAUCAAACUUUUUGACGCCUACCGCUCACGCGACUUUGCAAGUUACUUAUUUACGUCCGGAGCUUACUUCAUCAUGUGUCACGAUGGCGUCUUUGCUCGCAGAGAAUCUUUCAGUGACCACAAUUCUGAGGCUGACAAUACCUCUUCCGAAAGUGAUCAUGAAGAGCCCCAGGCAUUUAAAGAUAAGGAUGACCUGGCCGACGAAAGCAGCCUUGAGGAGAAUCCGCCACGAUCCGCCACAAGUAACAGUGACCAUCAUGCCAUCGGAUUCAGGUCUAUGAUAAACUGGUUCAUUCGUUUAGGCUACAAUAUCGCUCUUAUUAACGCCAUAGAAUGUCGAGAUACCAAGGUAAUGGCAAUGAUUGUCGAAGGCAGUGCGGUAAGGGCUCGGGUUGUACCCCUGUAUAAACCUAUCGAAAAUAAUACACAAACUGGGACUUUCUACACCGACCAUGUUGGGGACUCUGGAUUAAACUCGGAAUCUAGCGAGUCUGAGUCUGAUGAACUGGAAGAUGCCAAAGAAGAAGCUACUGAGAAGUUUAAUGAGCCGGAGGAAGAGCCCAAUGGGCUCCUGAUACCAAUCACAGCAGUGCAUGGGUUGGAGAACCUCGAAAUACCUGCAAAAAUUCAGCAAGAUGCUCAUAAUCUGCAAGAACUUUGGGAUACCUUAAAGGAUUCUCAUUAUGCAGACCAUAGUCAUCGCGAUGUAGUCCUCCUUCUGGCACUGGGUUUAAUGUACCGAUCUGCCUCGCUAGAUCAAGAGAAUACGGCGGAACUACGGUCAAUGCUUUUGCAAAAUGCCAUUUUGCACGAGUGCCAAUUAUCUUACCGGGCCGUCCCGGGCGUGGCUGUGGGUGGUACUUUUCUCAGAGAUUUCACUAAUGUAGCGUGCCGAGUUCUAAGGUCUGAUACCUGGAAGUCGAUAAUUCGCGACAGGUUGUCGGCCUGUGACUUGGCAGAUUUCCUAGACGGCCGACUGUUUUGUCAUCUCCUAAAUGGGGAUGUCGCACAUAUUAUCACUAACCCAUUAGUAGCUUCCAGAUUUAAUACCCUUUCAACCUGGUUGAAACGUCUCUGUGGUGUUGAUGUGCAACUUGGCUCGUUGAAUUCAAGCGCAAAAGUACACUGUGGCGGAAAACUAAAUACGGUUGUGAGGGCCAAAAAAGGGGUUAACUCUGGAUUGUCUGUUCUCCCAUUCACCCAUCCCGUCUUCAACCCCCAUUUGGAGCCUGUUCAUCUCUCUGUAGAUGAUAGUGAUUCCCAGAGUGUUCGGAGGGAUACUUCGCGGGUCUUCCUGGAGCUUAGCCAUUGGCAUAACCACCGUCGUCCCAUUGGUAGCAAAACUUCCAGCGUGAAAAUGACUGAACGAGAGGCCUUUCGUGCCAAUCGUCGCAACCAGUUCUUUAUGGCUGAAAUGGCAGAUUACUCUGCCAGCCUGACUAAUGCUUCUGGGGGCAUACUGAACCCGGAGACAGUCUUUGUAAAUUCAGCUAAAGACGAGAGAAAGCCAACGUCUUCGAAAGGUCCAGGUCCCAAUUCCAAAGCUAACGAGAAGUACCCAGCAAGGUCUAAUGGGAAAUCAAAGCCCUCCGCGAAAGAUCUCGCUCUAGCGGCAAAUGAGAAAAGACGAAAUGAACUAGUUGACAAACAGCUUCGGGCGUGGCGUACUGUGAAGGCCAAUUUUCACAGAGAGAAUGAUCUCGCCUCCCGGUUUACCAAGGUAAAAAAGUACUUGUCUGAUCGCCCAGGCGACUGUAGUGUCGCCUUGCAAUCCGAAAUUUGGACUUACUUGUUGAGUAUUUUGGUUAAGCUGUGGAUUUCCAGAUGCGCCGCAGGCGAACGGGACAGGUCCAUACAUAUUGCAGCAUUUGUUUGGGACAUAGUCUACCGUGUCAGCAGGAUGAAGGAUGGAUUGACACCAGAUAUAGCCGCAGAUAUUUUGGGGACUACGAAAGCACUUCGGUUACCAGAUGUGGAGCUUCCUGUUAAACCUACCCAAGCAUCCCUAGCGGUGAGUAGGUCCGAUAUACUAGCGUCCUUGGGAAUGGGAUCCGUCGAUAUUAGGCUGUCAACAAAGGAGUUUCAGUUGGUCCACGCGGCUCCGUUCUUUGAUCGAAACAUGGGCUCCGCACCAGAUUCUCGAGUGCGCAACUUUGAACCGGACAAAUGGCAGCGAGAUGUGUUAGAUGAGAUCGAUGCCAACCGAAGCUUAUUUGUGGUUGCACCCACUUCCGCGGGAAAGACAUUUAUCUCAUUCUACGCAAUGAAGAAAGUGCUCCAGCAGGAUGACAACGGGGUCUUGGUAUAUGUUGCUCCAACCAAAGCCCUCGUUAACCAAGUGGCAGCCGAAAUCCAGGCCAGAUUUUCCAAAUCUUUCAAGCAUGGCGGGAAGUCUGUCUGGGCAAUCCAUACGCGCGAUUAUCGCAUCAACAGCCCUAGGGGUUGUCAAGUCCUUGUCACCGUCCCGCAUAUCCUACAAAUAAUGCUACUUGCACCAGCCAAUGCGACCUCAUGGUCCUGUCGAAUAAAGCGAAUCAUCUUUGAUGAGAUACACUGUAUCAGCCAAGCCGACGACGGGGUUGUAUGGGAACAGCUGCUUCUCCUUGCCCCUUGCCCUAUUAUAGCUCUAUCAGCUACAGUGGGUAAUCCUCAGGCAUUUUAUAAGUGGCUAAGUAGCACCCAAAGGGCAAACGGUAUCGAUAUCACAAUGAUAGAACACCGCCACCGUUACUCAGAUCUACGGAAAUAUGUGUACAAACCACCAAAGAAAUUCAACUUUACCGGUUUACCAGACCCCAUUCCAUUUCCCCCUCUAGGCCUUGAUGGCGGUAUGGGUUUGGCAUUUAUGCACCCAGUGGCCUGCCUUGUGGACCGCUCGAGAGGAAUGCCUGAUGAUUUGACCCUUGAACCACGCGAUUGCUGGAUGCUAUGGAAGGCUAUGACUAAAUAUCAAACGCCUGACUUUCCCGUUGAUACAUCGCUUGAUCCACAAGUUGCUCUCCCAAAUAUUAUUCGCAAAGUUGAUACUAUUAGCUGGGAGGAGAAUCUGAAGCAGCUGUUGAAAAACUGGAUGGAAGACCCAAAAUCACCAUUUGAACUUGUUUUGGAGGAACUUGAGCUUUCUGUGCGGAGUGCUCAACGGCCUGAGAUACAAAUCUCGCCGCCACAGACGCCUAAAUCGCCUUCGGGGACUCCCCAGGAUAUUGCUAAUACCUACAUUGAUUCGACCCUCCCUUUAAUAUGCUCACUACAGGAGCAUGGGGCACUUCCAGCGUUGUUUUUCAAUUACGAUCGAGCUGCCUGUGAGACUAUCUGUCUUAAAUUGCUCAUCCAACUAGAGGAGGCCGAAGAAGCCUGGAAAAAAUCAAGCCCAAUUUGGAAGACUAAACUCGCCCGGUGGGAGGCGUGGAAGGCAUCACAAGCCCGACAAGUCAAGAAGAAUACCGCCACAAAUGCGGGGAAGAAGAGUAAGAAAAAAAAGCAGGAUAGAGAAGAUGACGAGGAGGUGUCUCAAAAAGAUCGUGCAUGGGAAGCCGCAAAUACUGAAACAAGUCUACUUGAUUCGUUUGAUCCCCAAGAUCCAGUGGAUGGCUUUCAUCUCACGGACGUGAAGAAACUCACAAAGUCAGAAUUUGAGGAGCACGCAGCAGAACUAAGGCACCGCCUUGUUCCAGAACGAUUGAUUGGCGCACUCCGGCGUGGUAUCGGUGUUCAUCACGCUGGAAUGAAUCGUAAAUACCGUCAGAUAUGCGAGAUACUCUUCCGUAAGGGUUACUUGCGUGUUGUGAUAGCCACGGGGACCUUAGCUCUUGGUAUCAAUAUGCCCUGCAAAACGGUUGUCUUCUCUGGUGACUCUAUCUUUCUCACAGCGCUUAAUUUCCGUCAAGCUGCAGGUCGUGCUGGACGUCGAGGGUUUGACAUGCUAGGGAAUGUUGUUUUCCAGGCAAUGCCUUAUUCUAAGGUCUGCCGUUUGCUUAGCUCAAGACUUCCAGACCUCAAUGGCCAUUUCCCGGUUACAACAAGUCUAGUUUUACGACUGUUUAUAUUACUGUAUGAGUCGAAGCAGGCCUCCAGUGCGAUAAAGAUGGUAAACUCUCUUUUAUCUUGUCCACACAUUUAUCUUGGUGGAGUAGAGGCGCGGGAUACUGUGCUGCAUCAUCUGCGGUUUUCUAUUGAAUACCUACGCCGUACCCAUCUUCUUGGACCAAAUGGAACCCCUCUGGGUUUUGCAGGUUGCGUAUCCCAUCUUUACUUCGUCGAGAACUCCAGCUUCGCGUUUCAUGCUUUGUUAAAGGACGGUUACUUUCACCGCCUGUGCAGAAGUCUGGACCACUCGCGUGAGAAUACUCUCCGUACGCUGAUGCUGGUUAUGUCCCAUCUUUUUGGACGUGUACCGCUCCGAGCAGCAAUCCUCGAGAACCGAAAGAGGAUGGAUAAGAAGUCCACAUCGAUGAUUGUCCUUCCACCCCUACCACCACACGCAGUGAAGAUACUACAUCGCAAUAAUAAAGAAAUCCUGCUCAUAUUCAGCGCAUAUGCCAAAACUUAUGUGGACCAACACGUCGCAGAGCCUGAUUGCAUCUUACCCCUAACUGGUAUGAAGUGCGGCGGAGACGAGGACCUGAAUGUAGGAGAACCUAAGUCUCUGGGUCCUGUGCGGUACACCUCUGCAUUUUAUGCCCUAUCAGGGCAUCAUGACCAGUGGAAAAAUAUAUCCGACCUCUGUGAAAUGAUGCGACGCGGUGUUUGGCUUGAGAAAGCUGUCGUUCCUUACCUAGGAAUAUACCCAGCUGAAAGCCAACUUCCACUCAACGCCUAUCUAUACGACUUCUUCAAGCAUGGUAAUGUAGAUGCGCUCCACCGGGGCAAUGGGAUUCGAAAAGGCGAUGUUUGGUUUCUACUGAAUGAUUUUUCUCUGGUCCUCGCAACAAUCGUAACUAGCCUUGAAAACUUUCUGAAGCUUUCUCCUGACACAGAUGUGAGCAUUUUAGAUGCCAUGGGUACUGGCGAUACUCAAGAAAAUGAGCUAGACGCAGCAGCCAUUCAGGUAGCAGCAGAAGUUACGAAUUCGAAGAAUUUGAAAGUUGUCGAGCGAGGAGGUGCAGCGAAGGGACUGCCUAAUUCUAAGGCUAUCCCAAUUACCACUACUCAGGCUCGCAAACAGUGGGUGGCCGAUAACUGGGAGGAUGGAGAGGAAAGUGAUGAGAGCGAUGGUAGAUCACUCGAAUCCACAACAAAGAAGGGGAAGUUGAAAAAGGAGAGGAAGAGCGAGAAGAAAAAGGGGACCAUAGGAAAAGAAAAGCAGCAAGCAUUACGGGACGAAUCCAGCUCCACAGCUGUGUAUGAUGGACAGGGGUCCGAUAUAGCCAAUGUACUACAAGGAUUCAAACUGCUACAAGAGGAGUUUAACAGGAAAUUCAAGGCAAUGUGGGCGUAA